UCCUUCACACAAAAACAACUUGUUGCUAAAAUUUAUAUUGUGUUGAUGGGAACGGAAAACCUUUCUGGACACGGCACCCCAGACAUGUUCACAAAUGUUCACUUUCCCUCCGAAGCUCUGAAUACGUGAACAUACGAGAGACUGACAUGUCGGUUGGUGCUUUUUCCAGUCUGGUGUCCUGUUAAAAGUCAGGAUGAAACAAACCUCAGGGCAUUAUAGGGUCAUGAUGAAUCAAUUAUUGCAAACUGGAGACCUAGUUCCCAACCGCGAUAAAAUGAUCAGCACCGGUUAGUUGGGUCUCUUCUCUUGCAAAGGGAACAAUGACAAAUGAGGGCAGUGAGGGCAGGCACCAUAGAUCCGUCAAAUGUGACCAAGGAUGGGGGACUGGAAUUUGCUAGGGAGCAUUUUAGAAGAGGUCCACAUUCACUCCACUAUUGUAGGCAAGAUUUGGCUCACCAUCCUCUUCAUUUUCCGCAUGCUGGUGCUUGGUGUUGCCGCUGAAGACGUUUGGGAUGAUGAACAGAGUGAGUUUGUUUGCAACACAGAGCAACCUGGGUGCAAAAAUGUUUGCUAUGACCAGGCUUUCCCCAUCUCCCUGAUUCGCUACUGGGUUCUUCAGAUCAUAUUUGUGUCCUCUCCAUCCUUGGUCUACAUGGGGCAUGCGUUGUACCGAUUGAGAACUCUUGAUAAGGAGAGACACCGAAAAAAAGCCUGCCUGAAAGCUGAGUUGGAGGGGACCGACCCCGUACAGGACCACAAGCGAAUAGAGCGAGAGCUCAGGAAACUAGAGGAACAGAAGAAGGUACGGAAAGCUCCCCUUCAAGGCUCCCUGUUGAGAACAUACGUUUUCCAUAUCUUGACCAGAUCUGUAGUGGAAGUGGGUUUCAUUAUAGGUCAAUGUGCUCUCUAUGGCAUUGGACUGUCGCCUCUGUACCGAUGUGAGAGGUUGCCUUGCCCCAACAGCGUGGACUGUUUUGUGUCACGACCAACAGAGAAAAAUCUUUUCAUGGUUUUCAUGCUGGUUAUAUCGGGAGUCUCUUUAUUCCUCAAUCUUCUUGAGAUCUUCCAUUUAGGGGUGAAAAAGAUCAAACAAAGUUUGUACGGUUACAAAUACGGAGACAACGACAGUGCGUGCAGGUCCAAGAAAAACUCUAUGGCGCAGCAGCAGGUUUGCAUACUACCAAAUUCUUCCCCGCAAAAGUUGCAACGUACACAAAUAACCUGCUCGUUUGCAUCCAAUCGGGAUGAAGAUACACAGGACUUGACCGCCAUGCCACCUCAUACUCAGGAGCCGAACAUCCCGAACCACCUGCCAGCACAAACUUACCAGCCAAGCCAAGCUGACAUCAAGAGUCUGCAGCAACUUCGAGCUGUGGACAGGCGAGAUACUCUGGACGUGGGGAGGCAGUCAUCGAGCAGUGACAACUCCGAUGCACCUCAUAACCCCGGCAUGUUGCAGUACACAGAAGCUCGACCUACAUUAAUGGCCAGCCACAUUAAUAUCCCUGCAGUCCUAAACUUUUCACAAAGAAAGCAGAGCAGAGUGAGUAUAUAUAAAGAAUUUAGCGAUACAAGUGAUUCUCUUGGGAGUGACCUCUUCCCAACAACCAGGAAGAGCAGCUUCAUGUCCCGGGGAAUGUCUGAUGGAAGGCAGGGGACUCCAUCUCCCAGUCUAGAUUCUAUAAAUGUUGCAAAUACUGAAGCUCAGCACUUCAACGGGGAAGAGAUUCCUGUAGAGACUCCACCUCUUCCAGGCAGUGGGAGGAGGAUGUCUAUGAACAUGAUUCUGGAGCUGUCUUCAAUCAUGAAAAAGUGAAUACGGAGCUCAGGUGUGUCACGUGGAAGCUGACUCAGCAGGUCUAAUCCUGCCCUGUGUCUUCUUGUUGUAUGUCUGGGUAUUAUUCACACUGUUAUAUUCAUGUGACAUGUUGCCAAAAGUUGUACUUUCAACCCAUAUUCAAUUGAAUGCACUACAAAGACAAGAUAUUUGAUUUUCAAACUCAUAAACUUUAUUUUUUUUUCGCAAAUGAUAAUUAUCUUAGAAUUUCAUGGCUACAACACAUGCCAAAGUAGUUGGGAAAGGGCAUGUUCACCACUGUGUUACAUCACCUUUUCUUUUAACAACACUCAAUAAACGUUUGGGAACUGAGGAAACUAAUUGUUGAAGCCUUGAAAGUGGAAUUCUUUACCAUUCUUGCUUGAUGUACAGCUUCAAUUGUUCCGCUGUCAUAUUUCACGCUUCAUAAUGCUCCACACAUUUUCGAUGGGAGACAGGUCUGGACUGCAGGUGGGCCAGUAAAGUACCCACACUAUUUUUUUAUUAAGCCACGCUGUUGUAACACAAGCUGAAUGUGGCUUGGCAUUGUCUUGCUGAAAUAAGCAGGCGCGUCCAUGAAAAAGACGGCUGCCACAAAUGCUGCCAACUUAGAUGGCAGCAUAUGUUGUUCCAAAACCUGUAGUACCUUUCAGCAUUAAUGGUGCCUUCACAGAUGUGUAAGUUACUCAUGCCUUGGGCACUAAUGCACCCCCAUACUAUCACAGAUGCUGGCUUUUGAACAUUGCUUCGAUAACAGUCUGGAUUGUUCGCUUCCCCUUUGGUCUGGAUGACGCGAUGUUGAAUAUUUCCAAAAACAAUUUGAAAUGUAGACUCGUCAGACCACAGAACACUUUUCCACUUUGCAUCAGUCCAUCUCGGGCCCAGAGAAGCCGGCGGUAUUUCUGGAUGUUGUUCAUAAAUGGCUUUCGCUUUGCAUAGUAGAGCCUUAACCUACACUUACAGAUGUAGUGACAAAGUGUAUUUAGUGACAGUGGUUUUCUGAAGUGUUCCUGAGCACAUGUGGUGAUAUCCUUUUAGAUAUUGAUGUCUGUUUUUGAUAGAGUGCCGUCUGAGGGAUCGAAGGUAACGGUCAUUCAAUGUUGGUUUCCGGCCAUGCCGCUUAUGUGGAGGGAUUUCUCCAGAUUCUCUGAACCUUUUGAUAAUAUUGUGGACCGUAGAUUUUGAAAUCCCUAAAUUUCUUGAAAUUGCACUUUGAGAAAUGUUGUUCUUAAACUGUUUGACUAUUUGCUCACGCAGUUGUGGACAAAGGGGUGUACCUCGCCCCAUCCUUUCUUGUGAAAGACUGAGCAUUUUUUGUGAAGCGGUUUUUUAUACCCAAUCAUGGCACCCACCUGUUCCCAAUUAGCCGGCACACCUGUGGGAUGUUCCAAAUAAGUGUUUAAUGAGCAUUCCUCAACUUUAUCGGUAUUUAUUGCCACCUUUUCCAACUACUUUGUCACGUGUUGCUGGCAUCAAAUUUUAAAGUCACUGAUUUGCAAAAAAUAAAGUUUAUUAGUUUGAACAUCAAAUAUGUUGUCUUUGUAGCAUAUUCAACUGAAUAUGGGUUGAAAAUUAUUUGCAAAUCAUUGUAUUCCGUUUAUAUGUACAUCUAACAUAAUUUCCCAACUCGUAUGAAAACGGGGUUUGUAAAAUAUAUUUAUUUAUUGGUUUAUUAAUUUUUGUUGUAAAUAUUUCGCUACUGAGUUAAUGUUACUGAUCAAUUUGCAUGUAUUAUAUAUUAAGUUUCAUUUCAGGUUUCAGUAUCCAAUGUUACAAGUUGGUCAAAAGUGAUUAUAGUUUUAGUAAGGGUUUCAUCUUAUUUUUUAUUUAUGCCAAAUGAUGCAAUUUAAAUAUUUUCUGUUGCAGUCUCAAUUUUUUUUUGUAUAAAAUUAAUAUUUUUUGUAAUUUGAUCCAUAUUAUUUGAUAUAUUUUCUUUAAUGUCACUAAGGAUGCAACGUAAUGCAGAGGCGUACUUUUAACAAUUUAUACACAAAUGAUAUCAUUCAUAGUCACGAUGGAGAUUUGGGGCGCAAAAUGUUUUCUUCUACCGAGAGGGAGUGAAACAGAAAAUGUUUUAUAGCAAUAUGACUCAAGUAAAACUAUGAAGUUUUUACCAUGAAUUGAUUAACAUCAACUUAAACAAGUUGAAAAACUCAUUUGGGUGUUACCAUUUAGUGGUCAAAUAUACGUAAUAUUUACUGUACUGUGCAAUCUACUAAUAAAAGUUUCAAUCAAUCAAUCAAAAAGUAGUCAUCCAAUUAAUUACUUGAGUAAGUGUGAUAAAACUACUCAAGUACUGAGUAACUUUUGAUUUACUGGAUAUAGUAGCUAUUUUUAAUGUUGUGCUUCCGUGUGACAGAGAGACCUACAAAAGAUGCACAUUUUACAUGAUGUUAACAGGACUAAUAUUAGGAUCUGCUUAACUAUAACAUAAAAAAAAACAUCUACAACUUACCAAAACGUGUUUUGUGUAGUCCAGGGGUCGGCAAACCAAAAUGUUGAAAGAGCCAUAUUGGACUAAAAAUACAAAAAAAAUAUCCGUCUGGAGCCGCAAAAAAUUAAAAGUCCUUCAUAAAUCUUAUAAUAAAGGUGUUAAAAUGUAAUAUACAUUCUACACAUUUUUGUAAAAUUGGAAAACAGUAAAAGGGAGGCUUCUCAGAGAGGGUGAGAUAACCGCUGGAAAAUUACAGACUUAAACUGUCCAAAGGAAUACAGCUCCUGCAUCGCCUCUGAGCUGGUGAAAUUUCAUUGCAGAUUAUAAAUCAUGCCUCUCACUCGUAUAGCAGAAGAUUGUUGCCAUAAACCGAGAAGUUUGGCCACUUUGACAUUCAAAUUUAGCGAGAUGGCGAGAGAGACAAAAAGACGCAUGCUAUAUGAUUAUGAUGAGUUCUUCUUUUAAACAGGAAAAUAUGAACAUCCAAUCAGUCGGCAUCCCACUGACGGCAGACAUUGUACAGUAACUGAUUAUUUUAUUUUGUUUGUAGUUUGCAUUUCUUGUCAAGCACUCAGCUUCUAAAACCUGUGGCUCAUCCUCGGUAUGUUCAGGUUAAAAAAUAUAAGGUUCUGCGCAUUAACAUUUGUCCUAAAGCAGUCGUCAUUGGCUCUCAUGAAGUCUGCAAUGAUUACUUGUUGUAGGAAAUGGUGAACGUUUUGGUGCGUCUUUGAAAUUAAUGUCCUUCCGUGUGCUCUACCAACCGAGCGGUAUAGCUCGGUUGGUAGAGUGGCCGUGCCAGCAACUUGACGGUUACAGGUUCGAUUCCCGGUUCCGCCAUCCUAGUCACUGCCGUUGUGUCCUUGGGCAAGACACUUUACUCACGUGCUCCCAGUGCCACCCACACUGGUUUAAAUGUAACUUAGAUAUUGGGUUUCACUAUGUAAAGCGCUUUGAGUCACUAGAGAAAAGCGCUAUAUAAAUAUAAUUCACUUAAUUCACUCACUUAAAAUGACCAAAGAUUUUUUACAAUCUUUGCAAGCUGGGUAACAUUUGCUGUUAUCUGGAACAACAAGGCACAUAAAUAACUGUCGGAAUUGCAGCCAAUUUUACAAACAGAUAAUGUGUCAUGAGAUAUGCAAAUAUAAAUUAAAUACACAGAGGACAUAAGUAAUGGAAAUUAAAUUAGCUCAAAUAUACCUACAAACGAGGCAUAAUGAUGCAAUAUGGACAUACAGCUAGCCUAAAUAGCAUGUUGAUGAGCUUGGAGUCAUGCAAUGACCAAAUAUGUCUGAUUAGCACUCCAACAAGUCAAUAACAGCAACAAAGUUCACCUUUGUGCGUUCGCACAGUAUACAAUGUUUGAUGGACAAAAUGAGACAUAAAACACGUCUUUCUGUGGCAGCAUCGUGGGACAAAUUAGUGGGACAAAAUGGCGCUUGCCAAAUAUAUUUAUUUGUGAAGCUUGUUUGAUAUAAACUGGGAUUUCUAACAAUUAGGAAAGCUUUUUGUCAUGUUUGUCCAAAAAUAUCUCCCCCACCGCCCCACCUUUUUCCAUUUUCAUGCAUUUUUGAGAAUGCUUCAGAGAGCCACUCGGGCGGCGCUAGAGAGCAGCAUGUGGCUCUAGAGCCGCGGAUGAAAUGUGAACAUUUCCACUGUCACAGAUGACAGAGUAUGAUAUGAAUGUUUUUUCCUUAGUUUUUAAGGUAUGCAAUGUAGAGCUGUGCUGCCUCACUCGUGCUUACAUUAGAUUGAUAGAACACACUCGUGGGACAGUGCCCGCCAGAAGAUGUCUCUUCAACAAGUCAAAAGUACAUUUAUGCAAGCAGCAAUCCUUAGACAAUAAAUAAAUAUAAUUAUGAUAUAAAUACUGCAUUUUUCAGAUUAUAAGGCACACUUAAAACCCUUUAAUUUUCUCAAAAAAUCAACAGUGCGCCUAAUGUAUGGCAGAAUUCUGGUUGUGCUUACCGACCUCGAAGCAAUUUUUUUUUGUUCACGGUGUAAUAAGUGUGACCAGUAGAUGGCAGUCAUACAUAAUAGAUACGUGUAGACUGCAAUAUGACGCAAAAAAAAAACAACACCAACACUUUAAAUGUUCCAUUGAGAAUAUAGAACAUUACACAUGGCGCUCAAUAAUCUGUCAAAAUGUUUUUGUAUGAAUUCAAUAAACUAUGGAGCCGCACCGCUUGAUGGAUUGUCGGUGCAUUUAAAAUACGAGUAUUAUU